GGCAAAACUUGGCCUGGCGCCCCUGUGCCUGCUCCACCCGCCCGCAUAGCCGUGGCUCGCCAGCGCGACAGCCUGUGGACGGGCCACGCCCAGCCUCUCGUCCCAGCCAUGUCAGCACGGCCAGCAGUGCCAGCCAUCCCCCCAUGUCGCAACAAAACAAAACCUGCCUGCGUCCAGCUGCGUACUGUGCCCUCCACCAUGCCCUCACCCCGAACCACUGCAUCUGCCUAGCGCUGCACCCACCGACAUGAGUUUGGAUCCCAACGACUUCCAGCUCAAGCACACCAACGUAUCGCGCCCCCAGCUCCUCCACUCCGACUCGCACCAGAGCGUCGCCUCGCAGUCUGCCUCGGAAGGCUACUACAGCGCCUCGGAGAAGGCGUCCGGCGCGAGCAGCAGCAGCAACGGCCGGACUCCGCGACCAGACCAUGAGCUGCCAGCGUCCGACGCCCACCUAACUUCGCUCAGAGGCGUUGGCAUCCCGCGACAGCAGGAGAGAGCUGCCGCCGCCGCACCGCACCAGCCACGCAUGCCGCAGCCACGCACCGCCAUGGACCCGGACUCGCAGGCCACGACGCCGGGCCAGGACACGACGCCCUACAUCCGCUUCGCCAUCGACCAGCUCACGCGCGACGAGGAGGUACGAGGCUCGCGCGUGUAUCCUGAGGUCAGGCCAGCUGUCGUCGCCGCCAAUGACGAUGAGGACUACCCUGUGGAGAGGAUCGUGCCAGACCACGGGCUGGGAUACACACAGCCGAGAGCGACCCCACAUGUUUCGCCCAACGCUCCACGACAACAACCGCUUCGGAGUGCAGAGGGGCGGAAGCCAGUCCCUACCCCGAAACUGGUGCACGCCAAUAAGCCAGGACACAGCCAGAAGCCAGUCCAUGCUCAGCAACCAGUGCAGACCCAGCAACCAGUGCAAGCCCAGCAGCCAGCCCACGCCCAGAUGCCAAUGUACGCCCCAAUGCCAAUGCCCACCCAGCAGCCAUCUCACGCCCUGAAGCCAGCCCCCGCCCAGCUCUACACACCACUUCCCCAGUCGCAAGCACGACCCGCAUCACCCCAGACCCACAGAGACGUCUUCGUCGCCCUCGAUCAGCCGCCCUCGCCGCUCCGCUUUCGCCCAGCCAUCAUCCGCACCGUAUGGCUAGGCAUCUUCACCUUCCUCUGCGCCGUGAUGCUCGCCGCACUGAUCUUCGCCGCAAUCUACUCGAACCGGAAUGGCGGUGUUGGGCUCUGGGAUUACGUUCAGUUCGGCGAUGGGCGAUACUUUGUCUUUCAGUACCUGCCAACCCUCCUGGGAAUGCUCAUCCUCCUCUGGCUCAUCCAGGUGCAAACCGCGCUCCAACGCAUCGUGCCGUUCAUUUCGAUGGCUUCCGAGUCUUCCCACCAACGCUCCCAAUCCGCUUUUCUCCAGCUGUACCCCACCCAGUUUCUGCUUCCAAACCUUGAGCACUUCCGGGCGGGCCGUCCACUAGUUGGAGUGUGUUAUGUCGUUUUCUGGCUGUUUUCCUGGACGAUCCCCCUCCUUGCAGCCUGCUUCAACGUACGAUACAACCAGGAGAGACGCGUCUGGGUGUGGGUUGCUGUGCAGGGCGUUAUCUGGACUGUUGUCGUUCUGUAUAUUCUCUUGAUCCUCGCAUUGGUUUAUUUGACAGUCUUCCUCAUGCGCGUCGAGACUGGUCUGAGGUGGGACCCGCGUUCGCUGGCCGACAUCAUUUCGCUUUUCGAGCGCUCCAACGUCACGGCCGACUACAAUGGAUCCGAGACAUUCCAGAAGGGCGACUGGGAUCAGAUACGCGCUCGCACCGACCGCAUCGGGUACUGGCGCACCACCAACCGCCCGAAGGACAUCUUCUACGGCAUUGGCAAGGAAGGCGGCUUGACGAGAAGGUUCACACUCGAAGAGGGACGCAUAAAGGAGAAGUCACCCGAGCGCGUGCACGGCAGCGAGCGACCAACCGAUUACUCCAUCCGCAUGGACAUUCGCGACUCGGACAUUCGACUGAAAUACCUGCCUUGGUAUCUGAAGGACACCAUGGUCAUCGCCUGGAUCGUCACGGCAGUCGUCUUGCUGAUUGCCUUUUUGGUUGUCAGCUUCAUCAAGCAAAACGUGCGUUUGGGGUUCCUGUCUCGAGUCGAAGCACGUACGAACGCAGCUGGUUUCUCGGCUUCCAACUUCGUGUACUCGUUCAUCCCAGCACUCAUCGGCCAUUUCCUCUUCCUCGCCUUCCUGUCGCUCGACUACUCCAUUCGCGUCCUGCAACCGUACAUUGCGCUCUCUUCGACUGGCGGUGCUACUGCCGAGACAUCUCUCCUAGUCGACUACGCCUGCCGCCUCCCCUUGUCAGUCACCCUCUCCGCAGCAGAGAACAAGCACUUCCAAACCGCCAUCCUAUCCCUCAUCUCCCUGACAUCCAUCUCCAUCCCCAUCAUCGCCGGCGGCUGUUUCUGGACGCAAUACUACAACAGCAUCGACAACGUGCGCGUCGCCGCAGACCUCCCAGCCUACUACGCACUCUGCUUCUUCCUCGUCCUCUACACCCUCGGCCUCUUCACCCUAAUCCCCAACCGCCACCGCGCAGCCCUGCCCCAUCAAAGCGCCUCCCUCGCAGACAUCACAUCCUGGAUCUACCAGUCCCCCCUCCUCACAGACCGCGCCUUCGCCUCCCCGCACACCAAACCAGACCUCGUCGCUAGACUCAUGGGCACCGCGUACUUUGAGAAUACGUGGACCCGCUCCGUCGCCUCGCUCGUCCGCCCCUCGCGCUCUAAUCUGCGCGCCGAUUCGCCGACUGAUCCCGCGCUGCAUGCUGAGAAAGAACGCCGCGCCGCUAGGGGCACAGAGGAGAGUGACACACCCGGGCGCAGCAGAUACGGCUUUGGUAUCCAUGUUGGUCGUGACGGGCUUGAGCAUCUGGGUAUUGAUCGUGUGCAGCGCGGUGGUGAUCGGGCGGGGAGGCCGCUUGUUAUUUUUGAGGAGCAGAGGAGGCAGAAGAGGAAGAGUUGGUCUGAGCAGGUUUGAGGAGGGGUGUGUGUAAGAGAUGGAUGGAUGUGGAUAUGUUUAAUGUGUUUUAUGAUUCCCCCGGUUUCUUUUUAUGAUAGUUUAGUUAGCGAGCGAAUUUUUGGAAUUAUAACGGUUACCCUUUGGUAUGGGGUUUUAUGUAGAUAAUGACGG